AUGCGAAGGGAUCCUAUGGAUAUUAAAUUCAAGAAAGACGAAAUUCGAUACAAGAAGCUGAAGAUAGCAGCUACCAGACAAAUUUCAUAGCUCAACUAAAACCUCCAAAAAAUUCUCAGACCAAUUUCUCUAAAGCAGCAUAUUAAGAUAAGUCCUAAGAUUUUCUGUGAAAUUAUACUUGCACCUCAACAAGUAUACUACUUUCAACUUGUCUGCAACAAAUAAAAUCCUCCUCUAAAAUUAUAUAUUAAGAAAAUGACAAAAGACACUAAUUUGCUAAUAUACUUUUCAAAGAAUAAUUUAUAUCCUGACUAUGAAAAUAAUGACUUCAAAUAUGAUGAACUAGAAAAUGAAGAUAAUAUUAAUUGCUCACCAAGGUCUUAGUAGAUGAUGAAAAUAACUUUAAAUGAUGAAAGAAUUGGCCAAUAUUUACAAGACUGUUUUUACCUAGCAAUUGUGAGUAACUCCUAAGCUAAGAUAUAACUGGCUUACAGCUUUUCAACCUAGUAGCUACGAGCACCUCAUUAAUAAGCAAAUAUUCUCACUAUAAAUACAAAUAACCUAACAAAUAUCACCACUACUAAUUCCAAGCCAUAGUCCACAGAAAAUGAUAUAUUUAGAUCCACUAUGCCGAACAUUAUGGACGGUUAUAAAACCCACAGAAUCAUCCCAAAACAUAAAAAGGGUUAUUUAGAAAUGAAAAAAUCAGUAAAUGAAAUGAUCAGUGACUACUAGGUCUAUAAAGUCUUUCAGGACUAAUUGAAUAAUCAUUAAGGGGAAGUGCCACAGAGGAAUGUUUAAGAGCCCAAACUCCAUUUAAUGAUUUUCUUAGAACCCUCUAGAAUUCAUAAGUCACUACAGAUGAACAGAUCUUAAAAAAUUGAAGAAGCCAAAGUAAAGCGAGAUAAGAAAUAGUCUGCAUUAUUUUUUGCUGCAGUACUUAUCUAAAGAAGGUUAUUUAAGAAUCUUAAAAUCAAGUACGAAAACAAGUAUAUAGAUGUGGUCAAAUUCUAAAAAGCAGGUGUUAAGCUGUUGGAUAUAAAAAUUUCAAUUUUUAAAAAAUUUUACCACAAAAUUGAAUCAAUUCAGGAGAGAUUUAGGAAUCAUAUCAAAAUUAUGGAUAUUAGAAGGAAAAUUCUAAAGGAUCUUUGGAAUCAAGAAUUACAAUAAAUGAUAUUUGCCCUUGUACAAAGGUCUAAACCGAAAAAGAAUUAAGCUUUACUUGAAAAACUUCAGACCUUAGAUAGUAAUAUAAGAGAAAACAUCCUUAACAAGUACUUUACUAAAUGUUACAUUUAGUACAAUGCAGCAUUUUUCAAAUGGCAUGAGAUGUCAGUGUAGCAUUCAAAAGAUAAUAAGCAUGUUAAAUUCUUAUAAAUACUGUAGCAUAUGACAGAUUAAGAGAAUGGUAUGAUUGAUACAAAUCUGGAGUAGGAAGCGUUAAAUGAAUUUAACGAGAUGUUUUCGAAUAACACACCUACUAAAGAAAAUGGAUUUUCGAGUUAAGAAACACUCAGAAAACAGGUGAGUAAAUUUUCUGGUAAAUAAAAGAUAGAUAAUUUGGACAUUAUUGAUUUUAAAAUGCACACCUUUAUACCAGAGGACAGUGGCUCUAAGUCCUCAAAGCGAAGUCAGGAAUUUAGGCAAAAUAAUGGUGCUAUGAUUACUGAGGUUGAUUUUGAUAAGCUUUAAGAGAACAUAUUAUUACAAAAGUAGAUAAAGGGAAACAAUUCAAACAAGAGCACAGCUAAAAAAUUGUAGAAGAAAUCAUCUUAAUCAGUAGUUGAGUUAAAAGGUGUUGAGACAAAACAAACUCAGUAGUAAUAUAUCCAUAAUUAGAUUCAGAAGCUUCAUGGUAAUAACACUAACAAUAACGAUAAUUAACUUAAGCUUUACGAGGAUUAAUUAAAGGAUUUGACUAAAGCACCAUAACUGAUAUAUUUACCUUCAAAAAUCCUUAUGCAAAGAAUGAUUUUAAGAGCUUGCUUCAUCAAGAGUUCAAUGACUCUGAAGUUUGGCUAUAAACCAAAAAUAAGGCAUGAUGAUUUUGAUGAUUGA